CCCCGCCCCCGAAGCCUCGGCCUCGCUGGGUGCCCAACCGCCCCGGCGCCCUGGCCUGGGGCAGCUCGAGCCCCGAACCUGCGGCUGGACGCCACGAUGCCUGGCGAACAGCAGGCAGAGGAGGAGGAGGAGGAAGAGAUGCAAGAGGAGAUGGUGUUGCUGGUGAAGGGUGAGGAAGAGGAGGGUGAGGAGAAGUAUGAGGUAGUGAAACUCAAGAUCCCCAUGGACAACAAGGAGGUCCCGGGCGAGGAGGCCCCCGCGCAGCCCGCCGCCGACCCGGCGCGCCCGCACGCGUGCCCGGACUGCGGCCGCGCCUUCGCGCGCCGCUCCACGCUGGCCAAGCACGCGCGCACGCACACGGGCGAGCGGCCGUUCGCGUGCACCGAGUGCGGCCGGCGCUUCUCGCAGAAGUCGGCGCUGACCAAGCACGGCCGCACGCACACGGGCGAGCGGCCCUACGAGUGCCCCGAGUGCGACAAGCGCUUCUCGGCCGCCUCGAACCUGCGGCAGCACCGGCGGCGCCACACGGGCGAGAAGCCCUACGCGUGCGCGCACUGCGGCCGCCGCUUCGCGCAGAGCUCCAACUACGCGCAGCACCUGCGCGUGCACACGGGCGAGAAGCCCUACGCCUGCCCGGACUGCGGCCGCGCCUUCGGCGGCAGCUCGUGCCUGGCGCGCCACCGCCGCACGCACACGGGCGAGCGGCCCUACGCCUGCGCCGACUGCGGCACGCGCUUCGCGCAGAGCUCGGCGCUGGCCAAGCACCGGCGCGUGCACACGGGCGAGAAGCCGCACCGCUGCGCCGUGUGCGGCCGCCGCUUCGGCCACCGCUCCAACCUGGCGGAGCACGCGCGCACCCACACGGGCGAGCGGCCCUACCCGUGCGCCGAGUGCGGCCGCCGCUUCCGCCUCAGCUCGCACUUCAUCCGCCACCGCCGCGCGCACCUGCGCCGCCGCCUCUUCAUCUGCGCCCGCUGCGGCCGGGACUUCAAGUUGCCCGCCGGCACCGCCGACGCGGCCGGCGCCGCCACCGAGCGCUGCCCCGAGUGCGAGGGCAGCUGAGCCGAGCCGAGCG